CUGCUAGCCGGGUCUGGCCAAAGAUGUCCUCCUGGUGAAACGCAGCGGCUCUCAUGUCAACAUGUCCCUGCUUCGGCUCUGCUCGCUUUCCAAGGGGCUCCCCGGUCGCUUACUGCAGGAACAGCACAGGCUCAGUCUGCUGUGCAGUGCGGACCCGUGUCAAGGAUGCCUAAAACGCAGGAGACACGUCCACGACACAAGAGCAGCAGAGAGACCCUGGGUUUUGUUUCGGAGGAGUUACUCAGCAGGGAUCCCGAAAAAGGAGGAUGGGAAAAAGAGGACGUGGGAGCAAACCCAGCUGUUGGAUGUUUUGGAUGCCAGGAUCCAGCAGCUGCAGAUGGACGGCGUGCUGGAUGUGAAGCGCUCGGAGGUGCAGUUUGUGAGGGUGUCCCAGGUGGAGGCCACCCCGGUCAAGGCGAAGGCUCUGGCCAAGGAGAGGGAACCCCUGGGGGCCAGGAAGGGGGGGGACCAGGACCGCCUGGACCCCAAGACACAGCCCAGCCGCUGGAUGGAGAAACUCAAGCAGGAGAAGUGGAACAAGAACAAAAGGCAGCUGAAACUCGACCAGAAUGCCAAACACAAGUCUCUGCAGGGCAGCCAUAUGGCAGAUUCCAAGGGAAAGGCACCUGGAGCCAAGAGCGACAAUCCCAAUCCAAAGACAGAUUCCAAGAAGACAGCGGUUGGAUCCCGUUUAGACAGAGCUAGUUCCAAGGAGGAGUCGCUCUUGGCGGAAGUGGAAGAUCUGGACCACCGCUUGAACCAGCGGGAGCAGCCCGAGGGAACGGAAAGGCUGCUGGAGGACCGGGAGGGGAAUAAGUACGGGGACGCCCAGCUGAGCAUCCGCUCCUUCCUGGAGGCCUGCAUCUUCAACGAGGACGUGGAGAGAGCCCAGCGCUGCCUCAUGGACUACCACCGCAACCUGAGCCGACGCAAGCAGCUCAGCAUCAACACCUACAACAUCAUGAUGCACGUCUGGGCCAAGAAGGGCUCUCUGGGUCACAUCGGCCGGCUCUUCGUUCUCCUGGAGGAGGCAGGCUUGAAGCCUAACCUGGAUUCCUACGCCGCGGCUCUGGAGUGCAUGGGCCGCAGCCCUCACUGCUCCAGUCGGGUCAUCAGCAGGUGUUUUCAGCAGCUUGAAGAGGACGGCUUCUCCAUCGAGGACCUGUUUAAACAGUGUGUUUUCCAGGAGGACGAGCGGGAGAUGGUCCUGAAGGCAGUGCAGACCGUUCAUCCAGACUUCCUGCCACACGCCGACGCAGAGAUGAAGAUCUGCUCUUCCCCCUUAGUCCACGACUUCUAUACAAAGAGGGAGUCAGCAGUGUACCCGAAGAUGGAUUUCCCCCUGGCAGAGCUGGGUGAGCGCUUCAGCAGGCAGCUGGCGAUGGAGCAGGCGGGCAGCGUCACAAUCGAGUCUGUGGAGGCCUCCAAACCUCUAACUGAGCACAUGAUCCAAAUGGUACUGCAGAGCGCUGGGGCAUGGCUAUCAAACGCUGAGAUGAUUGAGCUCUGGCACAAAUAAUAAAUGUGAACUAUAUCUAUCUGUCUAUCUAUCUGUCUAUCUCUCUAUCUCUCCCCAUAAUUCAGUAACGCAAAAACAGCA